CGGCCUCAGCCCUUCACUGGCUCAAGCGGGUACUGGUAUAACUGGCAGUGGACAACCCAGCUGAUGAUGGCUUCCGAGCACCAGAUGCCAGCCUCCAAGCAGCAGCAAGCAGGCUCCAAGAUUGCAAUCUUUGAGCAGGAGAACUUCCAGGGUCGGUGCCAUGAGCUGAGUGGGGCCUGCCCCAACCUGAAGGAAGCUGGUGUGGAGAAAGUGGGCUCCAUCCUCGUGCAUUCUGGACCCUGGGUGGGCUACGAGCAGGCAAGCUGCAAAGGGGAGCAGUUUGUGUUUGAGAAGGGGGAAUACCCCCGCUGGGACUCCUGGACCAACAGCCGGAGAAGCGACAGCAUCACUUCCCUGAGACCCAUCAAAGUGGUGAGAGCACCCAGACAGCCACUACCCACCCGCCAGACCAAGGACAGCCAGGAGCACAAGAUCGUGCUGUACGAAAACCCCAGCUUCACCGGCAAGAAGAUCGAGAUCAUCGACGACGAUGUCCCCAGCUUCCACGCACACGGCUACCAGGAGAAGGUCUCAUCCGUGCGGGUGCAGAGCGGCACGUGGGUGGGCUACCAGUACCCCGGCUACCGGGGCUACCAGUACCUGUUUGAGAAGGGGGACUACAAGGACAGCUCAGACUUCGGCGCUCAGCACCCCCAGAUCCAGUCGGUCAGGCGCAUUCGGGACAUGCAGUGGCACCAGCGCGGCGCCUACCACCCCACCAACUAGAGACCCCGGCCCGAGCCGGGCCGGGGGGAGCCCCGCAACCCACAAGUGUCCCCCGGCAGCCACUGUCACCCCCCCGCGGCCUCGCCCCCCACCUCCCCCCGUGUGAUGCACGGCGCUGCCGAAGCAACCGAAUAAAGC